CUGGGUGUCGCUCGAGACGGAGUGAAGGGACCGCGUGGUGCACAGCUUCAUGAUUAACCACGAGUAAACACACGCAGCCCGGAGACUACACAAACAACUCCCGUUGGCACUUUUCUUUUAAAGCUGCUUUGACACUGAGAAACUUUAUUCGAACUAAAGAGGGGGAGCAGCAGCAGGUGACUGAACCAAUAUCCGAGCUGUUCAUUCACAGCUUUCUCGGAUCUGUGUCUGAAGACUGAAGAAAAACUGCUCAUCCAUCCUCUGAGGGUCUGUGGCAGCACCUGCGACCAUGACGCGGAGAUCGUGCGCGAUCUACGCGGUGGGCAUCACCUGCGCCGGACUGCUGGUCAUCGGCAUCGGCCUGUUUGUGUUGCAGUCUUUCCGCACGCUGAUGCACAACCGACUCAAGAAGGAGAUUGUUUUGGUUGAGGGCAGCCGUGUGUUUGAGUCAUGGAAAACUCCUCCCCCUCCCGUCUACAUGGAGUUCUUCUUCUUCAACGUGACCAAUGCGGAUGAGUUCCUGAACGGGGCCAAGCCAGAGGUCAAACAGGUUGGACCCUACACAUACAGGGAGUACAGGUACAAGGACAAUGUGAGCAUGGUGGAGAAUGGCACAAUGGUGUCCGCGUACAACACCAAAAGCUUUGUGUUCCUGCAGGAGAGGUCGGUCGGUGAUCCCGCUGUGGAUCACAUCACCACUGUCAACAUCCCGGUGUGGGCCGUGAUGAACAAAGUGAAGGGGAGUUUCUGGAAAUCGUCCAUGGUGUCCGUCUGGAUGAAUACCUAUAAGAGUGGCCUCUUUACCACUCGCACCGUGGAUGAGUUGCUGUGGGGCUACGAAGAUCCCCUGCUGGCCCGCAUCAGUUCCACCACACCUGAAGUGGGGAAGAUCUUUGGCCUCAUGCACAAGAAAAAUGGAAGUAACGACGGGGAGUUUGUCUACCACACCGGGGAGCAGAAUUACAUGGAUUAUGGCCGGGUCCAAACGUGGAAAGGUCAAAGCACGCUGACGUUCUGGAAAAGUGACCAAAGCAACAGCAUCAAUGGAUCUGAUGGAAGUGCUUUCCAUCCCCUGCUGGAUAAGAAUGAGCGUAUUUACAUCUUCACCCCAGACCUCUGCAGAUCGAUCUACAUGGAGUUUGAAAAAGAAGUGGAGGUGAAGGGAAUCCAAGCAUACCGCUUCACACCACCACGCUCUGUCAUGGCCAGCAAGGAGGAGAACCCGGCCAAUGAGGGUUUCUGUGUCACCCCUAAGGAGUGCCUGGGAACAGGCCUCCUUAAAGUCAGCCCCUGUCGGAACGGUGCCCCGGUGGUCGCCUCCUUUCCCCACUUCUACCUUGGGGAUGAUAAAUAUGUGGCUGCCAUCGAGGGGAUGUCCCCACAGAGACAGCAUCACCAAACGUUCCUGGACCUCAACCCGACCACUGGAGUGAUUGUACGUGCAAACAAGAGAGCUCAGAUCAACGUCUUGAUGAACAGAAUUACUGGAUUCCCGAAAACAAGAGGCUUGAAUGACACAAUCUUCCCUGUCAUGUUCCUCAAUGAGAGUGUGGUCAUAGACGAGGCAUCUGCGGCGAGAGUACACAAGCUUCUGAGUAUUGUCAAUGUAGUGUCCAACUUCCCACUCAUGAUCGUGGGCCUGGGUGUCCUCAUGUUCUUAAUCCUCAUCGUCCUCCUGGUCCUCGCCCGCAGACAGAAGAAUGAAGUUAAGCGCAUUGUGUUUACCAAGGCUCAAUAUGCUACCUCUGCUGACGAGGACACCUCUUACUCUCCAGUCAACGACAAGGAAAAGGAUGAUCCCAAUAACGGAACGUAUAUUGGUUUGACACCUAAAGCUGACCCACAAGCCUGAGCGGAAGGAGGGAGGGGAUGAUUAGAGAGAAGCUGUGUACAUCGACAAUCUUCAGAAUUACAAAUAGAGAUUUGGGUUUUAUGCAGAGCCAAAAAAUAUCCACCAUGGAAAAGACAAAAUCGUUUUAAUAAUUGGAAAUCUGUUUAUUUUACUUUCGGGGCAGGGCGGGGGAACAGGGCAGAAGGUAGCUUUAGUCUCAAAUAUAGACUUUAUAUAAAGAUGGACAACAUGACAGCUCCCUAUUAGCAAAGCCAGAGCUUCUUGAUCGCCACCUGGUGGCUGGCUGCAGAGUAGGUCAUAAAUCCUUGCCUCCUCCAUGUUAGUGGAUGUUACAUGUACCAAACUAAAAAGUUGGUUUCUGUCAUUUUAAGUAGUUGUUAUCACGCUGGUUUUUGUUUUGCGAAUUUUUUUCUGUUGAGUUUGGUUUAAAUGAGCUAUUCGAUGCUAUAAAAUAGGUUGAAACAUUAUGAUUGACAGCUGAGACUGACUUAUUGGUCGAGUGUGUGCUACCGCAGCUCUAUACCCCCAGUUGCUACAGUGCUGUUCUCAGCCAUGAAAUUUCUGCUUCAUUUCAGGAUAGUGGGAGAAAGUGACGUCAUCCAUCUUUAACUGCAGUCUAUGGUCUGAUACGCACAGGGCUGUAUGUACUUAGUUUUACUCAUAGAGAACUGCCUAUGGUCUAGGAUGCAGUUCUGAUGGAGAACAGACAAGUUGCUUCUGUCCUAAACAAACAAAACACGCCCUUUAUAACCUGAGACGUUGGAUGAUUAUAUUUCAUGCUGUAGCCUCACCUUGUUCUCUGUUUGCCAAAAUGUUAUAAUGAUAUUAGCGACUACUACACAAAAGAGCAUAGAGGGUGAUUUGGGACCAGGGUUAUGAAAUCCAUAAUGUUUUGUGUUUUUUGGAUAUCAUACCUCACUCUCAGGGGUCCUCUGCUUCCAUAUUGUCACAGCAAGAGAAAGGAGAAACACAUAUAGCAUGUGUUCUUUUAAAUCAAUCCCUAUUAUUAUCAUUCACUUGCAUUUCAGCCUCAAGGUAACAUUUUAUUGGCUCUUAUUAUUUUUCUAUAUGUGAGUUCUACUUCGAGGGAUACAUGUGCUCUUCGUUGUCGUCGUACCUGAAAACCCUUCGGAGUGCGGCAUGUGUUUGUAUAUAUAAAGUGCAAGAUGCCCUGAACUGCUCACAUUCCUCUCACUGAAUGACGGGAAUGAAUAUCUGAUAAAACGCUGUAUAUUUUGGAUACUUCAAUAUUUGUAAAAUAAGACAUCCUUCUCUUUGUGUUUGUUAAUGUUAAUGUAGAAAUGUGUUGAAUGAAGGAUAUUUUAAGUUAGAGCUUCACAAAUGUCUCCUAGUGCCAUAUAACAAUCAUCUGGAGCCCUGAAUACUACAGGCUUUCUGGCUGAUUCUGAAUUUAUGUGUGACACGACAGUAGUGUACACUAACUGUCAUUGCCAUAUUAAGUGUAAUUCAGCUUAUUAUCAUUUCAAAUGUGCUUUUAUGAUGCUGUUGUUGUUGCAUUACUAGCAUCUCUGGUGCUGAAUGUGACACUAAAGCCUUUUUUUAUCUUUUAUUGUGUAAUGACGACUGCAGGAGCUUUCAUGUGUUCAGCAGUAGUAACUCAAAAACUUGUGAUUGUUCAAUAGUAAGAAAUGCUGUAGCUGUGCCUUGGAAACAAUCAGUGUUAUUGUGCCACAUUUGCCUUUAUGGUUUUCACAUAUUCUGUGAAAAAGCACACCACAUCAAACCAACUGAUCUACCCUCAAGUGAACAUCGUUUCUUCCAGCCAAACAAAAAUGGUGCUUGGAAUCUUUUAAAGCUUUUGUGUAGUAAAAGUGCCGAACUGCACUUUGCUCGAACUGUUUAUCGCCGUUUAGAGACGCAGCUGUCUCACUCGGAAUAUAUCUCACGUCAGGUGCCAUAGAAAAUGCUGCAGAGUUCCUACAUGUUAACUGUGAUGAGGUCCGUGUUUAUUUCUGCUUAUUUUUAUAGUUGAAACAUUUUCUGAGCAAGUUACUUCAGCUGCAAACAAUAGUGGAGAAGCUAUAACAUUUCACUGAGAGACUUUUUGCUUCCUCGUGUGAUUUUACUAUUUGUGUUCGAUGUGUACUUUAAUUCACUUAACAGUAUGCACAAUAAUAAAACUGAAUGAAUUAGAAUUUUUACAGCUUGAAUCAAUCAUUUUGAUGAUUAAAUAAACACACACAGUAUUAAUGUAGUGGUAAAAAGGAUAUUUUUGCUACACUGAUAAAAACCAAAACUCAGAAAGCAGAGUACAGUUUGUACACAGCACUUUUUGUGUCAUACUUUGAUUUCAGAUUGUACUUUCAGAAAUAAUCGUAAAAAUCAUGUAUUAUUCUGAUUGUCAGCCAUUUUUUCAAGCUUUGACUGUUAAUACUGUUUUUACUGUGUACACGAGGAAUAAAAGUAGUUUCAGUAAAUGUGUGUUCUGG